ACGUGGCAGGGCGUGGGAAGGGGAUGAACAUGACGUUGUCGGUUGUUUUGUACAGAGGAAGACCCCUUAAUCUCAUCAGAAUCUCUCUCUCUCUCUCUCUCUCUGUUUUUCUCUCUCUAAAAAGAUUGACUCCUAUCUUUCCCGGCCUCACCACAAGCAACCAAGCUGUCUCUUGUUGGAUGUGUAGUUGGCUUGUUGGGAGCACAGAAGCACAAAUCCUAACCUAGAACUCAAAGGCCAAAAACCUCAAGACACCCAAACCCAAAAUCUAUCUUCUCUUUUCUUUUUUUUCUUUCUUGCUAAUUAGAGAUGUUUAGGCCCCUUGAUGGUGUGGUAAAGGCGUAAAAGCUGGUUGCUGCCUGCCUGCCUGCUGCCGUAUGCUGAUCUCUUUCUCUCUCGUCUCUUACGGAUUGUGUAACGGUUGAAAUUAGCGGCAUGGGUCGGUGGAUUUUGGCUGCAUAAUGCUGAAUAUCGGGAGGAGGAUAGGGGAAAACAACAAGAUAUCUAGAUAAGCUACUUGCAUCAUCUCUUUCGAAACGUUUCAAGCUUUUAUGAUACACACAGAAGCACGGAAAAGAUCCAUGAUUAGUUGAACAGUGAGCUUCCGUUUAGCUUGGAUAAAAGAUCAUAAAAAAGCUCAAUCUUUUUUUCAACAAUCACUUCUUAAAUUAUGGAAGUGAGAGGUCAAGAACAUGAUAUUAAAGCGCCAGGCUCUUCAGGCUUUGGUCAUCACUCGCCUGGAGCAGACCGAAGAAGAGAUGGGAAUCAUAAUGGUACUGCUGUUCUCACUUGCACUCAAACCCUAGAUCAUGUUCAUCGUCCACAGAGACAACAAUCACUCGGCCAAGGAAGAUCUCCGCACCCGGAUCGAGUCACUGUCAGUGGUGCAGCUGUUGCACCCAUUUCAGUUAGUUCGAACACAAAGCCAUCCAGCGUCAUCAGAUAUCGAGAGUGUCUCAAGAACCACGCAGCCAGCAUCGGUGGAAACGUUUACGAUGGCUGUGGUGAGUUCAUGCCUAGUGGAGAAGAAGGAACUCUCGAGGCCUUGAAAUGUGCUGCCUGCGACUGUCACCGCAACUUUCACCGCAAAGAGGUUGAUGGAGAGUCCCAAUUCGGGCCUAAUUCCGGUAGAAGAAGCCUGAUGCUUAACCCUCUUCAGUUGCCUCCACCAUUGCCAUCUCCAACCAUGCUGCACCACCAUCAAAGGUAUUCAGUUCAUACAAGUCCUUCAAGUGCAAUGGUUGCACCCAUGAAUGUGGCGUUCGGCAGCGUCGGUGGCGGUGGGACGGAGUCUUCAAGCGAGGAUCUUAUGUUCCAGUCUAACGCUGAGGGAAUGCCGCCGCCACCCCCUUAUGUUUUGUCCAAGAAGAGGUUCAGGACCAAAUUUACGCAGGAGCAGAAGGAUAAGAUGUUGGAGUUUGCGGAGAAAUUGGGUUGGAGGAUCAACAAGCAAGACGAGGAGGAAGUGGAGAAGUUUUGCGCUGAGGUUGGGGUGAAAAGGCAGGUUUUCAAGGUUUGGAUGCAUAAUAACAAGAAUGUGAAGAAGCAGCCACAGGAGUAAGAGCUCUUCAUGGUUUGCUUAAAUGAGUAGAGUGACGACAUGUGAGAUAUGUAUAGAAGGAGCUAGCCUGGAUUAAUCAGAGCCAUUUUAGAGUGAGGACUUAGGGGGGAGCUGGCCUUCAUCUUGAAUAUUUGUAUAAUUCUUCAUUUUAUGCCUUGGUUAUCUCUUGGCAUUGAGCACUGUUUCAAACCCAAAAAACAAAAUCUUGUAUUAAUUGUUUCUCUUUAAAUUAUGCUAGUGCCUUUCUCAUCA